UUAAUAAAAAUGUCAGAAGAGAAUGACCCUAUAAUAUUCCAUCAAAGGCUGUUCUUUGGAAUCAUCUAUAAAGCUAUUCCUUGCUAUAUUACCAUUAUUCUGGCUCUUAUUAGAUACUUGGCUAUAAGGAAGGAUGCUAUUAUUUGUGCAGUGGACAUGAGAUAUUCAAGACUAAUGAAAGCCAAACUGUUUAUCUCCUAUCUCAUUGGAGUUCUCUACAUUGUGCCUAUUAUAUUAGCUUUCUGAGGUAUAAAAAGUGGCCUUCUUGGAGGAAAUGAUGGCUCAGAUAAGUGGUUCUCCCUUUUCUAUCUAAUUUUUGCAGCUAUCUGGAUCUCUCUUGGAUACUUAAUGACCAUAGAGCAUGAAAGACAUCUUCUGCAGGUAUGGUAUUGCCAUAGGUUCUUCUGGGCUACAAAUUGCUUUUUUGUGACCGCAUUUGUGUUGAUCAGCUUCUCGAAAAGAAUUUAUGAUGAUAAUGAUUAUAUCGCAUACACAUUUGGAUGCCUAGAAGUGGUUUUUUCAUGGAUUUCAGUAGCUUUAAUGCUCAAAACAAAAUCUUUCAGACUUCGAAGACUCGAGGAGCUAAAUUCUCCUCUAAACCGAAGUAGCGACAAUGUCCUAGUACGUCAGACUGAGAUUGGAGUAAUCAAUAUCGUUCUUGAGUACAACAUCAAUAAGAAAAAUGAUAUUAAAUUCAAAGUUACUGCUGGAAAAGUUCAUAAGAAGGUGAAGAAAAGCCUCAAAGAACUCCUCAGAAUAGAGGACUAUAUUAGCAGAUAUAUUGAGAAAUCUAGUAAAAAUUUCAAGAAUCCCAUCCCAGCUAUUGAGAGGCCACGGAUCUCAUACAGAUCUGAAAGCACAGAGAUUUAUAAUAAAAGACUGAGGAGUGUUGAAAAGUUUCUCCAGAUGCUAUCUGAGACCCCUGAGCUUUGGACCAGAGAUGUUUUGAUCUUUUUAGGCAUUGAUAAAGGAUCUGACCAAGCAGUCUACCUUCAAAAGCGAGCUGAGCAUCUACAGAGAAGAAGUAAGGGAGACAAUCCUGAUGAAGAAGUGAAGCGAGGGAACCCAAUGGAAUUACCUCUUGAAACUAGUAAUUCUGACUAUAGUUUCAGCGUUGCAAAGGAAGAGGUUGAACUGGAGCAAAAUCUUUAUGAUGACUCAGAUAAUGACUUAGAGAAAAAUCAUAGAGAUUUCUUGUACUUAAAAGCAAGUCCAAGAAAGUCUAAGUGGAGUAGGGCAAUUAACAAUUUGAAUAUUGAAAUGGUAGAGGCUAGUAUUGCCUCAACAAGUUACAAGUUUAGUAAUUCUGAAAUGGUCGAAGCUUAUUUUGAAAUCAUUAUGUCGAUAUACAGACAGACAAGUGAUGAUAGUUACUUUGAAGAAAAUAAUGCUUGUCGAGAUGAAGAAUCAAAGUCUUUACUAGGAAACGAAGAUGCUCUAACUAAGAGUGCUAGUAAUUUAACCACAAUGAAGGCGGUAAAGUUAAAGAUCAAUCUGACUUAUGAAAUUUUGAAGGAAUUCCACCUUGACCUAAAACUUCAUUCCAGUACAAACAAAGUAGAUAUUUCAUGUCUCCCAGAGCUCCCAAACCUCUCCAAGGACGGAGACCAGACAGACUCCGAUAUCGCCAAGGGAAGGAUCACUGAUUACUUCAAUCACAUGAAACUUUGCCCCCAAGUGUUCAAUCUUGAAAUUUUCAAAAAAUCUCUUUUACUCAGAAACAUGGUCAUCGACGACAACCCAGGUGAAGAGAUAGACUUUGACCGUUCCAGCAGAGAGAAACUCUUCGAGUCUAUUAAGAAAGAUAAGGACAUCUUCGAGCUGUCAAAUUCCCAAGAUGACCAGGAUUCUGAAGAUGAAUUUUAUUAAAAACUUUUUUAGAAGGAAUUC